CAGGAGGCUGAGCUCCCUGUUCUGCUUCCAAAGAAGCACUUGUCACAACAUGGGUUGCAGCACUUCUAGCAGGGCAAUUGUCAAGGAACCAUUAUCCAAGAAUCCACAUCAGAGCAGAGAAGUCAAAAAGCAGGCUGAAAAUGAUCCACUUACUGGAACAGUUAACACUGUCUCUCAAGGUGGGUCAGUUGCUGAAGAUUAUUCCGCUGAAGGAAGGCUGCCAGACAACAGUACGGAAAAGCUACCACCAGCUAAUGAACAAAAUACAGAUAUCAAAAGUGGACUUUCCAAGAAACCGAUGAGAGAAAGAGAAAGACAGACAUCAUCAGACAUAUUGGAGGAGCUUCGGAUGCAAGGAAUAAUCAAGACCUCAAGUGCAAAUUCUAAUAACAGAGCAGCAGAUGAUGCCAUGUUGAUAGAUACAGGAAAUCCACCAAAGAAACCACCAGCCAAACUGGAAAAGCUCGAAAUCAAAAGGACACAUAAUUUAACAAUAAAGGACUCUGAAAACAAGCCAUGUGUUGAAAAGAGAAGAAUCCACUAAUCUGACUACAUCAUUCUAGUAUCUGAAUACCUAACAAUCAAUAAUGUAUGCAACAUCACAACAUAUCUUUGAAUUAGGAAAGCUUCUGUUCCACAUGUUACUACUGAACUUGGCUCUUAAUGGAAGAGGUAUUUCUAAACAAGUUAACUGAUAGAGGCUAAUACAAAUUUGAAAUUUUCUGCCUUCCUGCCUUCCUUCCAUCCUAUGAUCUGAUUAAAUUCAGCAUGCAUCCAGUGAAAUAGACUCUAGUCCCAAAAUGUAGUGCCACAAUAAGUGUUAGGUCAUUAAGGUGCCACAAGGCUCUUUGUUGUUCCUGCUUCAGCAUGCAAUGUACAGUCGUACCUUGUUUUUUGAACAGCUUAGUUCACGAACAACUUGGAACUCGAACAUCGCAAACCCGGAAGUAGGUGUUCCAGUUUGCGAACUUUGCCUUAGAAGCCAAACAUGUGGCGCGACUUCCAUGGCUUCUGGUUGGCUGCAGGACGCUCCUGCACACAUUCUGUUCAAAAACCAAGGAACAACUGUACUGAUAGAGCUGUAACUCUGACAGGAAGGUCAACAACUUCUAAUGACUGUCUUACUCAGAUAGUCUUAACGUGGGUAAAACUCAUGCAAGGGGUUGGGGAAAUCAAGAUUGCUGUGAUUGACCAUGACCUUCACAUAUUCAAAGUGGGUUGUUUUUUUCAUGCUGAGCAUGCAUGCAUUCAAGUUCUAUGCACAUAGGCUGUCUCCAUGCACCCUUUAAAAUAAAGGGUACCAGAUCAUACAUACAGGGUCUAUGCACCUAUAAACAGCGUUUGAAAUUCCCAUUGUUCUAGGCAUGUUUUGUGACAGGGAAUUUCAUUAAUGCAAGGAGUUUCUGAGCUGUGGGCACAGUACUGAGCCUAAGAUUUCAGAUAGGACCUUUUUCUGUCUCACUUCCAGCCACUCUGAUGACUGGGAAAGGGCCCUCAUAAGAAUAGUAGGGGAGCAGGCACGGGAUGUAUGGCUUUGUUUUUUGCAGUCUUCAUAUGAGGACUAGACCAUGUGAAAAAUGAACAUAAUAUUUUAGCUGCAGUUCAUUCAUUUUCAGCUUUGUGUAUUUGUUAUAAAAAGUGCGCCUAGACACUCCAUUGUGGCGCCCAUAACCUAGGUUUAAGGUGCCAUUUAGCUCCUAGCUUUCACAUCUCAGUUUCUAUAAAUUGUAUGCCUGCAAGCUUUGUGCUAAAAGCAACGAUUAGCACAUUGAGGUAUGGGUGGGGCCUACCUUUGCAAUACCCAUCUCUCCCCUCCACAUGUUGAUUAUAUUCACAUUAAGAAUUUGUUUGUGGUGCUAGCCUAUGCUAUGUUGUAUCCCUACUCCAUUUAAAGAGGCAUCUCUUUUCAGACAAGAGAAGAGCAACUGAAAAAGGAAUUGCUGACUGACAGACCGUCACCACUAACCUCCCAUGAAAGCAGAACUAC